AUGAAGUUUUCUAUGGCGGUCUUGCUCGGAGCUCAAGCUCUUUAUCGGGCAAAUUUGAAGGGCGUCGAAAACGGUGAAUUUCCCGAUGGUCGAUCUGAGCUGCUCAACUUCUACGACAUUCAAUACAUCGCUAACAUAACACUGGGAAGCCCGGCUCAGGAUUUGACCGUGUUAUUAGAUACGAAUUUCGCGGAUUUUUGGGUUCCAUCGUCAAAAUGCGAGCAUUCAAUUGGAUCGGGCUUUGCAUGCUUGAAUCACAAUAGAUACAACUCAGAUUUAUCGAUAACCUCACGCGAAGAUGGGCGGAAUAUGACGCUUCAAACAUCUCAAGGAACAAUAAGCGGCUUCCAGACUUUGGACAACUUGACGACUCCUUAUGACGGGGUUCUUGGACUUGGUAGGAUUGGGCUUUCUGCGAAUGGAGUUGUACCAGUUUUCGAGCGGCUGCUAUCAAGUGCAGCUGUCAGUGAGCCGCUGAUCGGGUUAUCGUUCGAUCGCAAUCCGCUGGACGUUUCUUCCUCCGGAGAACUCACUUGGGGAGGAGUCAACUCAGAAAAAUUUGAGGGAGAUUUUCCGGCGGACUUUCAAAAUUUCCAAAGCAUCAGUGACGAUUACUGGACCUUGAAUUUGAACAAAGUCACCUCUUCAGACUUCGCCUUUGAGUUUUGCUCUUCUGGUUGCUUAGGUCGCGUCAGCACCGGAUCAGCGUUCAUAACUGGACCGAGAGAUCAAGUUCGGCAGAUCAAUGAACAUCUUGGAGCUGUCGAGUCGAUCGACGGCUACUGGUUUUUCUUCUGCGAGUUGGUUCAUCGGAUGCCUUCGCUGAAGUUCUUUUUGGAUGGAUUGCCGUUUACGAUGGAUCCAGAUUUGAGUUCAUAA